CCUCCUCCUCAGCGUGACACCGGGGUCACGUGACUUGCGGCUCGCCGUACUUCCUGUUUACGUUGAGGUCGAAAGACUCGCAGUAAACAGCUGAAUUAGUUGGGGUUCGGGACCUGUGAGUCGUUGUCUUUUUUUAUAACUCGGCAUGGAGCCCUUUUGGUGUCUCGCGCUGCUCCUGUGGGGCCAAACCGGUCCAGGCACGGCGGCACCGACCGGACAAAGCUACCUGCCGGGAACAGGCAGGUUCUGGCACAUCACUGACCUCCACCUGGACCCCACCUACAACCUUACCCCGGACCCGACAAAGGUGUGCUUUUCAUCCAAAGGGGUCCCAGCUGCCCAUGCCGGGUUAUUCGGGGACUUCCUGUGCGACUCCCCUUACACCCUGAUAGAGUCAGCCUUCUCCAGCAUGGCGCCGCUCACACAGCCACAGGACUUCAUCAUCUGGACCGGGUCGGACCAGAUGCCAACCUCCACUAAUGCCAUCUACAAAGCUGCUGCUGAGUUCUGGAAACCGUGGCUGCAGACUGAGGCUCUUCUCACACUCUCACAAGGCACUUUUUUUAUAAGGGGUUUCUACACCCAGCUGGUGAAGCCUGGUUUACGGCUGGUUAGCCUCAACACCAUUCUCUAUUAUGGACCCGAUAAAGUCACCCACAACAUGACGGACCCGGCCGGUCAGUUCGAGUGGCUGGAGAGGACGCUGGACAAGGCUGCUGGGAACCAGGAACAGGUGUACGUCAUAGCCCACGUUCCAGUGGGAUACCUGCCCUUUGUCAGAAACACCACGGCCAUAAGGCAGAUCCACAACGAGAGGCUCGUCGCCAUCUUCCGGAAAUACAGCCACGUGGUGUCCGGACAUUUCUAUGGCCACACCCACAGGGACAGCAUCAUGGUGCUGCUGGACCAACAAGGUAAACCGGUGAAUUCCCUUUUUGUGUCCCCGGCCAUCACCCCGAUCAAAAACCUUUUGGAGCCUUAUUCCAACAAUCCAGGUUUCCGCAUGUACCUGUACAACAGCGGGGACUUCAGUCUGCUGGAUAUCUGGCAGUACUAUUUGAAUCUGACGGAAGCCAACGAGAGACAAAGGUCCGACUGGAGGCUGGAAUACAUCAUGACUGAGGCGUUUGGACUGGCUGACCUCCGGCCACAAAGCCUGCUUCAGCUGGGCCAGAGCUUCUGGCCCCCCCAGACCAAGGCUUUCGACAAGUACUUCAACCAGUUCAUGGUCGGCUAUAACAGCAGCAUCGUCUGUGAGGGAAGCUGUAAGCUCAACCAGGUGUGUGCUGUGCUCUGUGCGGACCAGCUGUCCUACUCCAAAUGCCUAGCAAAUGGAGAAAGAAUGUUGUUUUAGGAGAUUUUGGAAUUCUGCAGGAAUCGCGUGAAGGGAAAUGCCACGUUCCACCUCUGCUGCCCCCAAAUAUUCAGCCAUUUUGACAUUUUUCUGAUCAAAAUCUUAAUCAUACCUCUGGGACUUGUUGGAUUCAGUUUGUGAUUCAUACUCAAUAUCAGAUUUUUGUAUUUUCAUAGACAGUUACAUUUAGGACCAUAAAUGGCUUA